AUGUCUCAUUGGUCCGGCCCAGCUGUCGCUACCGAGAAUAGGACAGGAGCCAUUUUCGCGGGCAACUUCAUUCCACAAAUUUUCGCAUCAGCCUUCAUUAUCGCCCGAAUAAUAUCCAAAGCAUGGAUCCGGCGAAAAUGGGGCGCAGAUGACAGCAUACUCUGCGUCGCAUGGGUCCUCUCGCUCGCUCUGACGGCCCUGUCCUGCAUCCAGACGCAUUACGGCGCCGGAAUUCACAUCGACCAACUGCCGGGCUCGAUCAUCAAGAUCAACGCCAAGAUCGACUACGCCUCGUUCCUGCUCUACAACCUGGCCCUCUCCCUGACCAAGAUCUCCAUCUGCCUGUUCUACCUGGACAUCUUCGCCGACCCGCUCAACCGCCUGCUGGCCAAGAUCGCCUUCGUUUAUAUCGUCCUAUACACGAUCCCGCUCGUCCUCGUCUCGGCCUUCCAAUGCAUCCCCGUCACCGCCUUCUGGAACCCGCGCAUGGAGGCCAGCUGCAUCGACAUGUACCCGCACCUCGUCGCGUCGGCCGUCUUCAACACCCUCGCCGACACCUGGCUCACGCUGCAGGUCGUGCCCAACAUCCUGCCGCUCCAACUGCCCAAGCGGCAAAAGAUGAUCCUGCUCUUCGUCGUCUCGCUUGGAUGGCUCGUCAUCAUCGCCAGCAUCUUCCGCAUCUGCCGCCUCAACGCCGUCACCGACCCCCGCGACUUCACCUGGGCCGACUACGACGUGACCAUCUGGUCCGCCGUCGAAGUCGACGUCGGCCUCGUCUGCGUCGCCGCCCCCGCCACGAAACCGCUGUUCAAGAAGAUCGCGCCGGGCUUCCUGCGCGACUUCGCGACGCGCAUAACGCGCGUGACGCCUACCCAACAACAACAAAAGCCGCUCGGCCCCGAGGAGUGGGCCUACUCGAUGCCGAAUCGGCCGGAGAAGCUGGUGUUGCCGUUGUAUAGUAGUCGGUAUGAGGAUGAUGUGGAGACGGUGGCGACGUUGAGUAAGAAUUGGGAUGUUGGCGGGUUGUUGAGGGCGGCGAGUAGGGGGAGCAGUAGGAGCGGCGGCAGCAGCAGCAGCAGGAGGCCGUCGAGUGGGAGCGUGGGGGAUAGUAGCAAGUGUGUGGAUUUGGAGAAGAUGGGCGGCCUGGAGCAGGGCUCUCGGUCGAGUCAUGACGGCGGGUCGGAUGGGAGCAGCGCGCGGCUGCAGUUUGACGACUCGGGCAUGAUGAAGGAAAAACAGAAUUUUUAA